CAUGCGCGUCCCCAGCCGCUACUACUCUCCAUGCACAUGCGGACAAAUCCCACAACGUGCGGGGCAGAGCAGGGCUCACCGGAGGGAGUGAUUAGUUUGUUUUCCAGCUGUCUGCUCUGCUGUUUGCGCUCCUCUUUUAUUUAUAUCCACGCAUCACCCAGGCUCCGGGCAGCGGCGCCUAUUUCGGCUGCGCAGCCUCCAGACUGACCGACCGGCCGGCCGGCGGUUUGUCCGGAGUCUGAAGCGAGCGAUGUCGAAGGAGGAGCCCUGGGUGGCCACCACCACCACAACAACAACAACAACAACAGGGCGCGCUGCUGUCCCGCCGCAACGUGUCCCGGUCCAUGUCCGCUAACUCGACUCCGCCUGUCUUCGUCCAGUCCCGUCCAUUCCAGGCCAGUCCCGCUCAGAGGCGCACCCCGAUGGCCGAUGAGGAUCCCCAGCAGCCGGACACCGGAGCGGGGAGUCUACCCGGCCUUCUUCCCGGGCUGCAGGGUGCUGAGACCAGCGCUCUGCAGCUCAGGAUCAAGAACUCCAUCUGCAAAUCUGUCCAGUCAAAAGUGGAAAACAUCCUGCAAGAUUUGGAGAAGUUCUCAGACAUUGAAAAACUCUACCUCUACCUCAAGUUGCCUACUGGUCCCAGCAGCAGCAGCGCAGAGAAAAGUGACCAGAGCGCCCUGUCGUCCAGCCGCACUCAGCAGAUGCACGCGUUCGGCUGGAUCCGCGACCAUCUGGAGGAAUACCCGGAGACCUCGCUUCCCAAGCAGGAGGUCUACGAUGAGUACAAGAGCUUCUGUGACAAUCUCAACUAUCAUCCACUGAGCGCCGCGGACUUUGGAAAGAUGAUGAAAAACGUCUUCCCGAACAUGAAGGCGCGUCGGCUCGGCAUGAGAGGGAAAUCUAAAUAUUGCUACAGUGGACUAAGAAAGAGACCCUUCGUCCACAUGCCGUCUUUACCCACUUUGGACCUCCAUAAAUCAGCAGAUGGACUUCAGUGUGACGCCCUGGAGUCGCCAUGCCAUGUGAGCGGCAUCAAGGAGGAGGUGCGAUUUGCAGCCUGUGAUCUUGUGUGUGAGUGGGCCCAGAAGGUUCUGAAGCGCCAGUUUGAUGCCGUGGAAGACCUGGCCCGCUUUCUGAUCGACAGCCAUUACAUCAGCAACAAGUCUCUGGCAGCUCUCACGCUCAUGACUGGCGCAGCAACAGCACCAGAGGUCAAACCUCAGCAGAGCGUCUCAGCCUUUGUACCCGCAGCCGAGACUCAGCCUUUCCAGCCUCAAGGCAAAAUGUUUUCGUCGCCGUCCGUAGACGCAAAGCAGCAGCUGCAGAGGAAGAUCCAGAGGAAGCAGCAGGAGCAGAAGAUGCUUUCUCCUGUUCUGGGGGAGGAGCAGGCGAAGCGGAUGCUGGACAGCGUGACUGGUGGCAGCCCCGGCCCUCCCUCACCGCAGCCGACCAUCGGCAUCGUGGUGGCAGCUGUGCCGAGUCCCAUCACAGUGCAGAAGAGCGGGCGUCUGAUGUCACUGAGUCCUGUGGCAGCAGUGGAGAGCAAAGUUCUGCCGAUCAACUUCCAGAUGGUUUCCCAGCCGGUUCAGGUAGUGAAGCAGAGCCCCAAACCUGCCCAGAAUAACGUGACCAGUCCAGCGGGGGAGCGCCCAGUUCGCCAGCGCUACGCUCAAAUCCUGCCCAAGCCCUCUGCCACCUCCGGCAUCGCCAUGCGCUCGCCCUCCACCAUGAUCAUCGCCAACAGCCCCAUUAAGACGGUGAUGACCACAUGUCAGGUCAGCCCUGUCAGCCUGGUCAAGAUGACCGCCAUUUCUCUGGCGCCUACCAGCGGGGAGACGACGUCCCUCACAAACACCAUGCUGCGGCCGGCGUCUGCAGGCGUCGCUUCUGCAGCUGCAGCAGACGCCGGCUCCAUCCAGAACGCACGGAGCUCUUCCGCCGUGGCCCUCCUGGCCCCGAUACCCGGGGCAGACACUCAGAGCAUGGAUGUGGAAAUGGAAGUGGAAGCAAUACAUAUGAACAGCCAACUGCAAAAUCCCAGCAGUCAGGCUUUGACCCAGGAGGGAGCAGCCAACAGAGUUGGAGGUCCAGUUCAGAGAGCGGCUAGUGUGCCCAUUCCUCACUCCAAAGGCUUCCUGGGGCUGGAAGAAACAUCGGCCAACACAAGCAGUGGAAACUCCUCGUCUGCGGUCAAAAGUAGCAGUAAUACUGCCAAUAAAGCCGGCUCUUUACUCUUCACCUCUUCUAGUCUGAACACCAGCAGGUUUCUUUCUUUAGCAAACACCAGCAGAUUAUCGUCCUGCAGAGAAUCCGCCCAAGCAGAAGACGGGUUCUUAUCAACAAAGAGCUUCAGGAAACGCUCGGGCCUCACUUCAGACCUCUCCCCAGUUAAACGGGUUUUCAUGCCCCAGCAGCCAGCAGAGGGUGCUGGUUAUGUCCAAGGCCACAGUAGCUCAGGUAGACCAGAGAGUGCACCAGCUUCCAGGGAGCUAGAGAUGAAAAUGAGCAGCGUCUUCUCCUCUCAGGUCCAUGUACAAAGUUCUUCCUCUUUCUUCAACUCUGUUGUCAAACCACAAAGCUCAAUGCAGAGGAAAACCACUCCCAGUGUAAUGGAAACUGGUGACACCUUGAUGCAGGAGCACCGGAGCCACGCAGUGGGUAACAUGCACAGCAUACCAGCUAACCCCGGCUACCAGAAUCAUGCAUGCUUGACUUCAAACUCAGCUUAUCAGUGCAGUUCUGCUGCAAACUCCCUUCAAUUUGUGGAUCAAGCAGCUCCUAAUCAGCUCCCAAUGCAGGAGCACAUGGAUUACUUCUCCUUCGAUGAUGAUGUGACACAAGACAGCAUCGUGGAGGAACUGGUCCAGAUGGAGGAGCAGAUGAAACUGAAACGGCUGCAGGAGCUGGGAAGCUGUGGCCCGCUGCAGGGCCAAACCGUCCUGACGCCAAACAGCGUCACAUCCACCAACCAGAGCAUGAGUGGCUUCUAUCAGGCCCCCAACAGCCUCAUCCACACACCCACUCCCACCUCAGAGGUGAUGGGUGGAGCCCAGGCCCUGACCGGAGACAGCCCCUGCUCUCGGAUCGCCUCCACCACCCCGGUGGACAGCGCCCUGGGCAGCAGCCGCCACACCCCCAUCGGGACGCCUCACUCCAACUGCAGCAGCACCGUCCCUCCCAGUCCGGUGGAGUGCAGGAACCCGUUCGCGUUCACGCCCAUCAACUCCAGCAUGACAUGUUUCCACGACAGCAACCCCGUCUCCAGCAGCCCCGUGAAGCCCAUGCAGCGGCCCACAGCGACCCACCCAGACAAGGCCAGGCUGGAUUGGAUGAACAGCAGCUACAGCAGCGGCGGCGGCUCAAACAAAUCAAACAGCGGGAUGGGAAUCCUCACCGGCUACAGAGGCCUGACAGAUGAGCCAUUUCAGAAACCUCACGCCUUCGCCGUUCCCCAUGCGCGCCACCACGACAGCCACUGUGGGCGCCUGACCCCCAUCUCCCCGGUGCAGCAGCAGGUCGCCAGCAUGAGCAGGCAGGAGGGCUUCGCCGUGCCGGCGCCUCUGGAUAACAAAAGUACCUGUACGACGUUUCGCUGUCGCAGUGUUAGCCCAGCCGUGCAUCAGAGGAACCUCGGCACUCUUCCCAACAUCCCGCGCUCUGUGGUGUCCCCCUUCAACUCUCCCGUAACGCCCGAGAUGCUGAACAUCUUCGCCAACAGCGAGGCCAACCUCAUGGUCAGCAGCUUGGCUCAGAGGAGCCGCUCCGUGCCGCUGAACAUCAUGAUGCAAACCGAAGUGCAGCAGUGCAACAGCAUCAGCAAUAUCCUUCUGAGCAAGCUGGAAGGGGACCACGAUGACGCGCUGCGCGGUUUAGGCGUGCACAGCGUUCCCUCCACCUACACUGCUCGGAUGAACCUGACCCAGAUGCUGGAGUCCAACUCCUGCCCCCCCGGUGGCGAUGACAGCCUGAGCCUGAUGGCGUCUGAGUCCAGCAGCAGCUCACAGCAGGCAGGCUACCUCAUAGAAAACACUGUUGGCGAACAAAUGAGUCUCUCAGCGGGCAACAACCAAACUCAGCCAGUCUCUGCAGAGCAGCAGCAGGCUCAGUCUGCAAUGCUAGCUUUGAGCUCGCAGCAGCAGCAGCAUUUGGACUUCAGGAACACGCAGCAGCAGCACCACCUCCUGACGGGGCCGCUCAUGGAGCAGGUGUCGGAGCUCGCCGCGGGCGGGCCAGACUUCCCCUGUGAGAUCAGGAUGACAUCAGAGCUCUCUGGCAGCAUCAACGACCUGAACUCGCUGGACACAAACCUGCUGUUUGACCCCAGCCAGCAGCAGAGCCGGUUCCACAGCGCCGCAGCCGAGGAGCUGAACGACCAGCUGUUCCAGCAAAUCAGCGACACGCCUCACUCAGGCGGACUGGACUGGCUGGAGAGCAAAGAUCACCCAACUGUUGGGCUGAUGGGCUGAAAAGCUUGACUUUUUCCAUAUAAAACUGAUGUAGCUGUGUGUUUUUUAAUGUAUUUAUCAGGUAUUUACACCGUAACUCCAAUGUACUAACAAAACUGAGGACACGCUGGAGGAUUGUCCAGUUCAAGUGCCAGGCUGAACUGAUAUAAUGCUGCAACACCAAAACGUCCCUUUAACUAUACAAUAAAAAAUAAAAAGACAUCCUGUGUGAUCAAAAGCAACUCCAGCAAGCAGAUACAGCAAAAAGAUAAACAUCAGCCGAAACUCACUGUUAUGUAUUUCUCUAAAUAUACAGUUACAUCAUGGCAUUUAACAUUUAAAAACUACAUCAAUGUUUAAAAAAACAUCAAUUAAACUAUAAUCUAUUCUUAACUAUUAAUAUAUCUUACCACAGAUCUGUGUGUCAUAGACUUUAAUGUAGGAAUAACACUCAGCAGUUUACUUAGAUACUAAUAAAAACUAACCUGUGUGACAGUGCUCACCUGUGAGGCCACAGCAUCUAAUCUUCAAAAGUCUCAAGACACAAACACACAAAAAUAAAUUUCUUGUGACUUAUUUUCUCAUUAUCUGCUUGAUAAAAAACUAAACUUACUAAAGGUAACAAAGUAUUCAGAUUGUAAACGUCCAGGAACACAGUUUACAUUUGUUGGAUUACAUUUUUGUGUUAGCUAAAGUAUAAAGUGUAUAAAGGUGUUUGUGGUUCUAUUUACUACAAAGUUGAGAUGAAUACAAAAUCCUGGUUAAGAAUGCAAAGUAACCGACAUUUAUUUUAUUUUUAGAUGAUGUUUAGAGUAAAAGAUAAAAAUGAUCCAUCUAAACCAGCUGUCUGUGCUUCCAGGUACACACUUGUUGUCAUGACAUUUUGAUCCAAACUCACCCAUGUAACUCUAAUCUUAUAUACAAAUAUAUUUAUGAUAAUGUUUUAGCUAUCUAAUCAUAUACAAAUAUAACCAGCCACAUUUAUUUUCAACCCCGGUAAAGAAAAAUAGGAAUCACACAGAAAUAUUUUUGAAAGUCCAGCACUUACUUUGAGUAGAAAUUAAAAAAUCCAGUGUUUAGAAAUAAUUAUUUCUACAAAAUCACCACUGGUGCAAAUGUUGAAAUGAAUGUAGAUGAAGCCUUUUUUAUUUAUUCUUUAUUUAUGUCUACUAUUAAUUUAUUUAUACCUUACACAGAGGUUUGUUUGCUUUAGCCACUGGUGCAUAUUUAUUAUCUUUAUAUCCUUCUUUUAAAAAAGGGAUUCAAACAGGAAGGGAGACCAAUAACUGCCACUGUUGAUCCAGUUAAAUGCAGUUAUUCCCUAACUUUGAUUAUUUACGUUAUUUUCCUGUAAGAGACAAUGCUACUGCAAUAAAUGAACAAAUUAAUGAGAUUUUCUUUACAAAGUGUGUGUAAAAGUUAUCUUUACAGGACCUUAAAAGGAAGGGGAAAGUAUCCCUAAAGAUUUUCAAGCUUUAAAAACAUUUUUGAUGUUAUGCUUUUAUGUAAUAGAAACAUCGUCAAUCUUGGCAGAUUUAGUGCUAAUUCCCUUAAAACUACAUAAUUUAUGCAAUUUCUAUCAAAAAGAUGUUAUAUGAUGUGUAAUUUUCUCAAAAAUAGCUUUAAAUAAAAUAUGUCGCACCAGCAGGGUCCUUUUCAAACACUAAAUAAAAGACAAUGUUUAUAAUAAAACCACUUUACUAACAAAACCCAUUGAAUGGGUGGUUCUUGCACUGUUUUUAUUAACAAUGAACAUGAAAAGCAAUUGUAAUCUUUUUUUUGUUUUUUGCAAGUUUCCCACUUCUCCCUUGUGGCUUUAUGAAUACUUAUUUUAAACCACUGCGUGCUAGAAACGAAUUGCCAGGAUUUUAUUUCGUAAAUCGAGCCAGGUGCCGUAAAAUCUCUGCUGUGUUUAAACUGGCAGGACAAUUAAACGGAGGGUCAGACUUCACCUGAGACGUGGUGAAGAAAACUUCACCUUUACGUCAACAGAAACUCAGAGAGGAAUAAAAACACAAUACGGUUUACUCCUCAUUAAUACGUAGCGUCAGACUCAAUGCUUGUCGUAACGAAAGCGGUGCUUUUUGUUUUAUUGGCUGGGCUGUGUAAUAAACCUGUGGCUACAGCGCUGACAAUCUGUUGUGCUUUACAUAAAAACAAGAAUAAUCACUGUGCUCCGGCUGCCAUGUGAAGCUUCUCUUCCUACCCAGCGGAGCUUCACGCUAAACAAAAGAUGCACCUGAGGAUCUCUGGUUCCUGAGCCUUAUGUCCAUGCCAAAGAUGUCUCCUCCAGAAACCUGCACUGUGCAAUGAGUGUAAUGUUAAAUAGUGCUGAGUGUUAGCAGCCAAAAGCCAUGUGACUGCACUUUGAAGGUACGACGAGAAGUAGAAACCUUGUGACGUUUACAGCACUGCAAAGAUGUUUGUCUCUAAAAUUUAGUAAUCUCUCCGUUUACUAUCUUUGAUGCUUUUGUUUAAGCAGCAGGAACAUGUUUUAUAUAGGAAAACUGAUCCUAGAGGUGACGUAUUGAUCUACUGUUUGUAAUUUUUAUUGGUGAUUUUCUGAUCCGACUCUGUACUGCUGUGUUUUUUAUAGACGGGAAGUGUGAUCAGUUCUAGUCGCUUUACUACUUUUUAUUUACGCCGGGUUAUUUGUACAGAAGAACUAAGACAUGUAAUGUGGCAUAAUCACAAUAACUCAACUAGUGUUUUAUAUUAUCGACAUAUACUACCACAAUAAGGUACUUCUCUUCUUGUUUUAUUGAAUUCCCUUAUAGAUGCAUCCUGGCUCCUUAGAUUCAGGAUGGAGCUCCAAAAACGUUUGCACUUGUUUCUGUGGAAGUGGCACGGUGUGUAAUGGUUAUCUGCUCAAAGAAUAAUGUCUGGAUACAUUAAGAAUGCAGUCAUUUGAACCUUGCUGAUUAUAUUUGACUGCUAAAAAGCAGACUUUAUAUUUGUUGUGUGCAUUUUUCUGCCCCAGGUUUCCAUUGUUUUACUGUGUGUUCAUUAGCACUAAUGUUUCACUAAGACUUUACCCUUCCUCUUGUAAGUGGUGCCGAGAUGUAGAGCUUCUCUCCACUGUAAUCAUUUUGCUGUGACGUUUUUUUGUUUUUUUCUGUAUUUUAGACAUUGCUUUUAUGAGAGGAAGUGCUUGUUGAUGCAUUUUUUUAAAAAUACUUUUUUAAAUUAAUAAACAUUUUUAAGUACAAGAGAC